ACGAGGGGGGGACGAGGGGUGGGUAUGUGGAGGGAUGGAGAAGAAUUUAAGCCUCAAAUUAUAUUGGCACAAUUGGUUAGAUUUUAAACAAGCUAUUGUCCCAGGGCGCUUAAGUGCCUCCUUUCUAAGAAAUAACCCACCUAGCUAAAUUUGGAGUUUCGAUCUCCAGGGGGGCUGCAGGACGGUGACUCAUUCCACCACAGGAAUUCGUAAAGGCCUCUCAAAUAAUAAGGGUAGCAAAGUUCGUCAGGAGACGGAGUGCCUGCGACAACGAAAUCUUCCCGGUUUUGAAAGAGGAAGGCAAAAAGAAAUGCAAGCCUUCAUUCCGACCAGGGAGUAUGUCUACUGCUUUCUGACUGGUAGCAAGGACAACAGCUUGUUAGAAGAUGACUGAAAAGAACCAUCACCAAACAAGCUCCUUCCAUCAACAGCAAAGUCGCCAACCUCUCCUCGAAACUUCACGGUUCCAGUCCAGUCCCCGAGACCUUUCUGCCUGCGUCACAGGGCCACGUGGUCUAGUUCCCUCCCCCUCAUCUGAAUUGUUGACAGUAUCACCGAGUGUCACGUGAUGUGACGUCAUUGUCCUUCCUCCAGCCUGAAAUCUCAGGAGCUGGCUGCAUCACCCCCACCGGCAUCUCCGACUCCUCCCCACUCGGACGAGUCUAAGACAGUAUCAAGGGGGAACUAGGAGAAGAUUGGUUGUAAUACAAUUUCACUUACGCACUAUACAAAGGAAAUGAGGCGGAAAUAAAGCAUAUUUUAUGGAAGAAUAGUGCGACAGUCGAAGGCUGAUAUUUUUCUGAUGAAGGACGUAGAAUUCGUUCAUACUACUCCCUUCCCUCCCCCUCCUACAAAGUCGCCAUAGUGGUACAGGCGGAGGGCGGAGGGAUCUUCUGUGCAGCGGAUGAAGAAGUCAUUGCGGGUUGUUUGUGAAGCUUUGGCGGUGGCGGUGCUCCUGAGUGCUACGGCCGGGGGGGUGGGGGGUGGGGAGCUCGGGACUCUUUUCUCUCACACAGACCGCGGGGGAGCGGGGGGAUCAUGUCGACCCCGGCCAGGAGGAGGCUCAUGCGGGACUUCAAGCGAUUGCAAGAAGACCCACCUGUGGGUGUCAGCGGCGCACCAUCUGAAAACAAUAUCAUGCAGUGGAAUGCAGUUAUAUUUGGGCCAGAAGGCACACCCUUUGAGGAUGGUACCUUUAAACUAGUAAUAGAAUUCUCAGAAGAGUAUCCGAAUAAACCUCCCACUGUUAGGUUCUUAUCAAAGAUGUUUCAUCCAAAUGUCUAUGCCGAUGGUAGCAUAUGUUUAGAUAUCCUCCAGAAUCGUUGGAGUCCAACGUAUGAUGUGUCCUCUAUUUUAACAUCAAUUCAGUCUCUGCUGGAUGAACCUAAUCCCAACAGUCCUGCCAAUAGCCAGGCAGCGCAGCUUUAUCAGGAAAACAAACGAGAAUAUGAGAAAAGAGUUUCAGCUAUUGUUGAACAAAGCUGGAAUGAUUCAUAAUAGACAACUGCUCUGUUCAUCCUCAUCAUCAUUGUUGUGUAUAAUUUACCUCUCAGUAGAAAGGCUACCAGAAAUUUUAAGUGCCACAGGUUUUAAGGAUUUGCAUACCUAACGUGUCUGCAAAAAAGAAAAAAAAGCCCUUCAGUUUAGAACCUUUAAAAGCUUGUGUAUCUUGAUUAAUGUACUUUUUAUUGCAUGGUAUGAACUAAGUUAUUGCUACAUAAAUUUGUAAUAUAUCCUGUUUGUAUUUUUUUUCCAAGUGUAUAAUGUUGGUGUGAAGUUUUCAUGACAGAAUAUACACAUUUUGUAAAUCUGUACUUUUUUCAAAUAUUGAAUGCCUUAUUUUUGAAUUCUUUAGAUUUAUAAAUUGGAGAAAAGCACUUAAAAGUUUUUUAUAUAUAAAUAUUACAUGUAAAACUGUUAAAUACAUAACUUCAGUGCAA